AUGCAGUGGGGUAACACAUGUCAAAAUGGCCUCAUGCCCACCCUGGUGCGUCCCACCCUGCCUGGCAUCCAGACCUCACUGGGCAUGAAGCAGUUUUUCCCGUUUCCAUUGGAUACGGCCGCAGCCAUCAGCCUCUUCCAAGGAUUCAACGCGAUGGACCCUGUGCAGAAAGCUGUCCUCCAUCACACCCUCGGCCUCCCUCCCACCGUAAAGAGAAGGCACGUCUCCUGCAGCGUUUGCCAGCUAAGGUUCAACUCACAGGUGAGCCACUGCUCCUGCCACAAAUAUACACCGAAAACACCCCAAAACCACAUUACAACCUACCUGCUCUGGCGUCAGUCUUGA